UCGUCCUUCCUCUAAAUAUGUUCUCUGGUUCAAUCCCUGCUUCCAUAGGAAAAUUGACAACCUUAUCUACUCUCUACCUUGAUCAAAAUAUGUUUUCUGGUUCAAUCCCUGCUUCAAUUGGAAACAUGACGAAGCUUGUGGAGCUAAGUCUUCAAAAUAAUCAUUUAUCAGGGCCAAUUCCUUCGUUCAGCAAUCUUACUCAUUUGGAAUCAUUCCAAAUAUCGGACAACCAUUUCAGUGGUCCAUUACCCGAGAAUGUAUGCCACGGUGGACAACUCGAAUGGCUUGGGGCUGUGAACAACAAUUUGAGCGGUCCGAUCCCAUCAAGUUUAAGAAACUGCAAAAGCUUACACAGAGUUAGGCUUCAGGGAAACCAGUUGACAGGAAAUAUAUCAGAAGCUUUUGGUAUAUAUCCUAAUUUGAAUUAUAUUGCAUUAAGCAACAACAAAUUUUAUGGUGAACUUUCGCCAAACUGGGGGCAAUGCCAUAAUCUAACAAGCCUACGAAUCUCCAAUAAUAACAUUUCUGGAAAGAUACCACCUGAGCUGAAGCAUGCAACUCAAUUACACGAACUCGAUGUCUCUUCAAAUCAUCUCAUUGGUGAGAUUCCCAAGGAAUUGGGAGCAUUGACAUUGAUGUACAAACUUUUGCUAAGUGGUAACCAACUUUCAGGCAAAAUUCCACCAGAGAUUGGAGUUCUUUCAAAUCUAGAACAUCUUAACUUGGCAUCAAACAAUUUGAGUGGACCGAUUCCUAAUCAACUUGGAGAGUGCUCAAAGUUAUUGGACCUGAAUUUGAGCAAGAAUAAACUUGGAGAAAGCAUUCCACUUUCAGUAAGCUACAUAAAUGGCCUUCAAAAUCUAGAUUUAAGUCAGAAUUUACUUAUUGGGGAGAUACCACAACAGGCUUGCAAAAUACAUUCUUGGAACAUUGGACCUUUCUCACAAUCAUGCCUCAAUGUUUCCUUACUCUUUGCCAAAAGAACCAAACCAGAAAAUCCGAGUCAAUCGAGGCACAACUUGGAGAUUUUUUCACAUUGUGGGGAUAUAAUGAAGAAUACUCUAUGGAAAUUAUUGAAGCCACUGAAGAUUUCAUCUCCAACAAAUGCAUUGGUUCAGGAGGCCUAUGGAGCUGUUUAUAAAGCUGCCGCUACCCAUUGGUGA